AUGGUUCAAGUUCUCAAGAAGUACAAGGCCGCUGCUGUCAACGCCGAGCCCGGCUGGUUUGACUUGCAGGAGUCUGUUCGUCGCACCAUUCAUUGGAUUGACGAGGCUGGAAAGAAUGGAUGCAAGCUCAUUGCUUUCCCUGAGCUCUGGAUUCCCGGAUACCCAUACUGGAUGUGGAAGGUCACCUAUCAGGAGAGCCUGCCUCUUCUGAAGAAGUACCGCGAGAACUCUCUCGCCUCCAACUCCGAGGAGAUGCGCCGCAUCCGCGAGGCAGCUCGCGCCAACAAGAUCUGGGUCUCCCUCGGAUACUCCGAGCUCGAUCUUUCCAGCCUGUACACCACUCAGGUUAUGAUCACCCCAACCGGCGAUGUCAUCAACCACCGCCGCAAGAUCCGCGCCACUCACGUCGAGCGUCUGGUCUUCGGUGAUGGCACCGGCGAUACAACCGAGUCUGUGAUGGAGACCGAGAUUGGUCGUAUUGGCCACCUCAACUGCUGGGAAAACAUGAACCCCUUCCUCAAGUCGUACGCCGCCUCCCUCGGCGAGCAAGUCCACGUUGCCGCGUGGCCUCUGUACCCUGGCGAGGAGACCCUCAAGUACCCCGAUCCCCGCACCAACAUUGCUGAGGCCAACGCCGAUCUUGUGACGCCUGCUUACGCCGUCGAGACUGGCACUUUCACCCUUGCACCAUGGCAGACUAUCACCGCCGAAGGUAUCAAGCUCAACACUCCCCCCGGAAAGGAGCUCGAGGACCCCAACAUCUACAACGGAAAUGGCCGCAUCUUCGGCCCCGAUGGACAGAACUUGGUUCCUCACCCAUCCAAGGAUUUCCAGGGUCUUCUCUACGUCGAUAUUGACCUCGACGAGAUCCACCUCAGCAAGGCUCUGGCCGACUUCGGUGGCCAUUACAUGCGCCCCGACUUGAUCCGCCUUCUCGUCGACACCAACCGCAAGGAUUUGGUUGUCCACGAAGACCGCAUCAAUGGCGGAGUUGUCUACACCAAGACUGCUGAUCGUGUAGGACUCUCUACCCCUCUGGAUGCCGCCGCUCCUGAGACUCCCGCCGAAAGCGACUAA